AUGAGUGGAAACCCGCCGCCGGGAGGCGGGGGACCAAGUGAAAGUGCGAAUUUAAUUACAAGUGUAUCGAGUAAUAACAAUAUUGGCAUUUACGAUUUGACCCAUGAUGAAGAGUUCAAUCACAAUGAGGACCAAGCGGCAAACGGCAACAUGAAAUCUGCAGGAAAAGGAAAAGAGGGACCAUCGAUUCCAAACCGUAACGGCAACCGCUCUACCCAGAUGGAGGUCGACGACAGAACAAACAAAAACUUAACACCUAGGUUUUUCAACCUAGACAAAGUUGAUCAAUACGAUAAGGGUAACAUCUAUAUUUAUAUAGAAAAAAAUAAUGAGGAAAAUAUCGGUAAGUUACAUCCAAUGUCCGUAGGACAUAUUUUACACAAAAAACUGAAUGUAAAAGACAUCAUUCAAAUCAGUAAAGCUGGCAAUAAUAGAGUGAAAGUCCAACUAAAAUCAAUUACGGAGGCAAACAAUUUGAUGAAUAACAAAUUACUAGAGAAAGAGAAUCUAAAAGCAUUUAUACCCAAUCACCUUCUAGUUAGAAAAGGUUUGAUAUUUGGAAUGGAUACAGUCUUUGAUGAAAAAUAUAUUAUGGAUAACAUCACUUCAGAUGCAAAUAUAUUAGAAGUUAGUAGAAUGAAACGGCGAGUCAUGGUAGACGGUCAAUCUACCUUGGUUCCCAGACAAAUAGUUAUACUCACUUUCGAAGGAACCAUAUUACCGAAAGCUAUCAGCAUCAACAGUGUGUAUUUUGAAAUUGAACCAUACGUCUCCAGAGUAGUUCAGUGUUUUAAAUGUUUACGUUACGGACAUGUAUCAAAACAAUGCCGUAGCAAAAAUACGCUCUGUCAAAACUGCGCCCAACAAAAAGAGGAGAACCAUAAUUGUGAUCAGGAUAAAGCUCACUGCCUAUAUUGCGAAACAAAUGAUCACAACACAUUGUCUAACAAAUGUCCCCAUCUAGAAAAACAAAAAUCAAUUAAAAAAUACAUGGCCCAAACAAACUCAACAUUCACUGACGCAAAAAGAGUCAUAGAAAAUUCUUAUGCUAAUAUUACCACUUCUAAUAGAUUCGACUUGUUAUCUAACUUCAACUUCAACUUUCCGUCGUUACCUUCAACGAGUAAUCAUCCUAAUAACAAUAAUGUAACUCCAAAACCCAUUGGACCAAUGCCUUUUCCUACUCAAACACUUUCUCAACCUACAAAGAAAAGGAAAGUCCACAUGACUUCUCCCCAACCACCUACAGUCCCCCCUAUGUUCCCCUUUCAAUUUGGCCCAUCACAGCCUGUACCCCAUAAUAAAACAGUCCCAAGUCUCAGCCAAGAGGAAGUAGUUAGCAACGUCAUGGACUUAAUUUUGAAUAUUCUUUCGGGCAUCCAUAACUUAGAGGAUAUAAAGAAUUUGAAUGAUAGUGCUAUUAAAAAUGAAAUCAUAAAGGUGCUUGAUAAAGCACAUAUUUUCGAAGUGAAUUCACUCCCAAAGUAA